AUGAAGAAAACCGCGAAAUCCGGUAAUAAACAAAAGCAGAAGGAGACGAAUGCGGAAAUUGAGAGAUUAGAACGGGAACAGGCACUUCGUCAUGAAAGAGAGAUAGCAGAACUGAAAUCCCAGCGUGGACUCGAUAUCGUUGACAUACCUCCUGACGGUGAUUGCCUCUAUAAUGCGGUGGCUAACCAGUUAUCCAGAAUCAAGGGUUUUGAACAGGUUUGUCAUUUACGAAGAGCUGCAAAGUAUAUACGGGAGCACAAAGACGACUUUAUUCCAUUUUUAGAGAGCGACGAUCCCUUGGAUGAGUUUGAGUUUGAAAAGUACUGCCACGGAGUUGAAAAUGAAAGUAAAGAUGGAGGUGUUUGGGGCGGUGAGCCGGAGUUGAAUGCACUAAGUCAAAGCUUAGAACGAAGUAUAGAGGUUUGCAACUUUGCUGGUUUUCAAUACUUGAUUUUUGGCGAACAAUUCAACAAAACGAAACCAUUAAUCAUAGUGUAUCACCGUCAUGCUUAUCAACUAGGAGCUCACUAUAACUCGACAGCCAUCAGAGCUACUUCUUAA